AUGAAUAUCAAGUCAAAGUACGGGAAGGUGAUAAAGGCGCUGUCGAUUCGUCAGUCGGACCUGUGGCUCGUGCCGAGGCUGAUGACACCUCUUGAGAACAGCUUCCAGACGGAGGCCAUAGAUGACGAGGAGGUUUGUAUUGUGCCCAAGGAAGCCAACUUCCAGCUCCCCAAUGUUUUUCUGAGGACAGGGCAAAAUCCUGAGUAUCAAAAGCUGGUUGAUGGCGGCAUGCCCAGCAGCGAUUGGGAUGAUGUUAUUGAAGAGACGAUAGAAAUGCUUGAGGAGAUAGAUCUUUCCAUCGGGAGUGGCGGUGUUAUGACUAGAAAGUGUCCUGUUGACCAGGGUAUCCUAAACAGGUUGGUGUUUGAAAGAUAUGGAUACUCUUAG